AUGCAAAAUAAUAGUCUUAUAAGAGUAAAUGCAGACGAAUUAAGCAUAUUUCGAAUAAUAAUAUCGAACGUCAUUACGAGGUUCGCUGUACAAGAUGGCGGCGAGUGGGGAGAGGGCGCCCAGUUGGCCAGGUGCUGCCGCCGCGUCGAGUUCGGCGCUAUAGCUAAACUAAAUACGCAGUGUUGUACAUUUAGAACGUUCACAAUGGCUACCGCGAAAGACACGUCUACUUUCUUUCUGGAGGCAGAUGCAAAAGAUUUUGACAGUGUUUUAAAGUUUUACCCUCAAGCGAUUAAACUAAAAGCUGAAUUGAAAACAAAGAAACCCGAUGAGCUCAUAAAAUUGGACAAUUGGUACCAGAAUGAACUGCCAAAGAAGAUUAAAUCCAGAGGCAAGGACGCGCACAUGAUACACGAGGAGCUUGUACAACUCAUGAAAUGGAAACAAGCGAGAGGAAAAUUUUAUCCACAAUUAUCAUAUUUGAUAAAAGUGAACACGCCGAGGGCUGUGAUGGCGGAGACGAAGAAAGCCUUCCGAAAGUUGCCGAACAUAGAGUCGGCGAUGGCGGCGUUAAGUAAUUUGAAAGGAGUGGGCACGGCCACGGCUUCAGCAGUGCUGGCAGCGGCCAGCCCAGAUAUAGCUCCCUUCAUGGCUGAUGAAUGUGUGCAGGCGAUCCCGGAGAUGGAGGGUAGCGACUACACUGCCAAGGAAUACCUCAAUUUUGUAACCCAUAUUAGGAAAGUCUGUGAUAGGUUAAAUAAGGAACAAAACGGCUGUGGCAACAAGUUUUCUCCACACAUGGUAGAGCUGGCGUUAUGGACACACCACGUGAUAUCAGAUUUGCAGCCGGAACUGCUUGGCAAGGAACGCAGGACAGUAGCGCCAGCCAAUGGGGGCUCACCCCUACCCAGUGAUGAGAGCAAUCUCGAACCACCUUCCACCAAUGGCAAUGGAAAAUUAGGUGCAGACUCAGUGAAUGAGGACACGACGACGUCAUGCACAGAGGACUCGAUGGAUGCGAAAGCUGCGUCUCCCGCGACCCCCGCCACCCCCGCGUCCCCCUCCGACAACUCCGACUCCGCCUUCAGCACGCCGCGUGCCAAACGGCAAAUGGAGGAAGCGAGCUCAGAAGAGAACUCACUGGGUGACUCAUCAGACGCGGCCGCGUUACCUAUCGCUAAGAAACUUCGAAAAGCUACACACUGA